AUGAAGUGGAACAAUAGUCGCGUAUUAUUUAAUGUCAACCAAGAGAUGGCUGCCGUGUUAAAUUCAUCGAGCAACCUUCAUUCGAAGCUUGAUUGCUUCACAAUCGAAAAAAUUGAUCCUAAUAUCAAGAUACCAAUUAAAAUUGGUUACGGAACCCCAAGUUCAUUGACUGGAGUAUCAACGAUUGCAGCUAACCCUUCUACAAAACAUUUUUCAAUCCUAAAGUCAACUAUUUCUUCUGCUUUUCCUGAUUACGAUUUUACUGAUCUUGGCACCUCUGAUUUCAAGAGGAUUAUUGCCACCGAACAGAUAAAGUCAAAUAUUAGCUGGCAGUUGUCAUCUUCUCUGCCUUCUGCUACUAAUUUAGAAACUCAUCUUUGGCAAGCCAUUGAAACUGAAAUAUCACCAAAUUCUUGCGACAUUUAUCAAUAUGAACCAGAGUCUGCUGACGUUUUCAGUGAAAUGGGCGCCAUUUGGAAUUAUACUUAUUUCUUCAUCAAUGAAAAGCAGAAGAAAGUACUCCUCUUGCAUCUCCGUGAAGGUGCACACGAUUUCGGAUCCGAAUCAGGUAGCGAGGAUAUGUUCGACGAAUGUGAUGUUAUUAAUAAUCACUAUUCCUACAAUGUCUUUUAA